CGGCUUCUCUCCCCGGGCAACAAUUCAGUGAAUAUAAUACUCAGUACCAGCGCUCCAGCUCCAUCCUCCCUCCACCAUGUCCCGAUUCGGCGCAAAGAAAGGCAGAAAGCUCCCCGGAGCGGAAUUCACCUGGGAGGCUUCCGAUCCCAGCGGCGAACCGGACACUGCCCCUACGCCGCUGUUUCCUAAAUACACCGUCCCCCGCGCCCGACCCCUCACCGCAACGGAACAAUUACAAGUGGACCUGUACCGGACGCUUCGGGAACGAUUCCACGAUGGCCCGUAUUAUUCGAUUCUGGAGGGCGCCGCGUCGGCAAGUAAGAAGGAUAGUGCGGCCCGGGCAUCGUUUGAUCCGUUUCAUGGCAUGCCGAGUUAUUCGGGCAAGUAUGUCAAGAAGAAGAGGGCUUUGCCGAGGAUUUUGGGGAGGCAGUAUGUGAUGAAGUUCUUCCCUAGGGAAUUGUGGGGUACGAUUCAGCCGAGUUUCAAGCCCGAUGCUGCUAUGGAUGGGUAUGUUCCGCAGGGAGCGCGGGCGGGGGUGAAGCGUGGAUUUGAGGAUGAUGAGGAAGAAGAGGAUGAGGAGACGGCCAAGCGGACGAAGACUGGGGAGGAGGGUGAAGGGGCGGAGGGGGAUGAUGAUGGGGAAGGGGAUAUUCUGGAUGAGGAGGAAGAGGGACAAGGGGAGGAGGAAAUCGAGGAUGAUGACUUUGAGGACGAUGAUGAUGAGAUGGGCGGGGAUUAUAACGCCGAGCAGUACUUUGAUGGUGGUGAUGAUGAGUAUGGGGAUGAUGGAUUUGGGGAUGGCGGUGGUGGCGGUGAUGAGGAUACGUAUUAGAUGUAGGGCUGCAUUUCUGAGAUACCCUUUGCUGUUGUUGUCAUUGAUCUAUCAAUCUGAGCGGGCUGAUUAGUUAUUCGCUGUAUAUCAGCAUGCGAGUGAUGAGGUGUGGACUGUAGUAGUGUCUAGCUGGCUGAUCAUGGAUGCAUGGUACGCUGUAUUCAACUAUCAAGUUGACAUUGG